AUGGUGUGCAACAGCAAGCUACCGGUGCAGUGGAAGAAGGUCUGCGUCGUCGGGGCGGGCAUGGCCGGCCUGGCGGCGGCGCGGGAGCUGCGCCGGGAAGGGCACGCCGUGAGGGUGCUGGAGCAGGGCGGCGACGUGGGCGGGCAGUGGCGGUACGACCCGCGCACCGACGGCGACGAUCCGCUCGGCGCGGCGCCGGUGCGCGUGCACGGCAGCAUGUACGCGUCGCUCCGCCUCAUCAGCCCCCGCGAGGCCAUGGGCUUCACCGACUUCCCCUUCGUGCCCAGCUCAGGCGGCGGCCGCGACCCCCGCCGCUUCCCCGGCCACCGCGAGGUGUUCCACUACCUCAGGGACUUCUGCGACGCGUUCGGCCUCAUGGACGCCGUCCGGCUCAACACCAGGGUCCUCCGCGUCGCCGUGGCGCCCCGUCGUCAAGGCCCCGCCGGCGGCGAGCCGAAAUGGGUGGUCAGGUCCGUACGCGUCGGCGAGCGCGAUGACACCGAUGUUCAAGAAGAGGUGUUCGACGCCGUCGUCGUCGCUAACGGAGACUACUCGCAGCCCAGCCUUCCAACCAUCAAAGGAAUGGAGGUGUGGAGGCGACGGCAACUGCACAGCCACUCGUACCGGCUGCCUGAGCCGUUCCGCGGCGAUGUGGUGGUCAUGGUGGGCUGCAGCGACAGCGGCCAGGACAUCGCGCUGGACCUCAUCGGCGUCUCCAGGGAGGUACACCUCACGGCCAAGUCCACGGAGGAGGCCACGACGCCGGCGAUGUCCAAGCUGCUCUCCAAGUACGCCAACCUUCACCUGCACCCGCAGAUCGAACACCUGGGCGAGGAUGGGACGGUGGUGUUCGUCGACGGCUCGUGCGUCGUCGCCGACACGGUCAUGUACUGCACCGGGUACGUCUACUCGUUCCCGUUCCUGGAGACGGACGGGAAGGUCACCGUGCGCGACAACCGCGUGGGGUCGCUGUCGUUCGUCGGCGUUCCCAGGAAGGUGCCGGCGCCGUGGUUCUUCGAGGCGCAGGGGAAGUUGGUCGCGCAGGUGCUGUCCGGGAAGAGGUCGCUGCCGCCGGAGGAGGAGAUGAUGCGUUCCGUGGAGGAGCACUACCGCGCCAGGGAGGCCGCCGGCGUGCCGGUGAAGUACACGCACGAGCUCGGCAGCAUCGAACCGCUGAAGUAUAUCGAGUUCGGGAAGAAGUAUUGCGACUUCCCGCGCUACGAGGAUUGGAGGAGGGAGUUCGUCCUGUCUACCAUCAGGAACAGGGACGAAGACCUGGAGACCUUCCGCGAUCAAGCCUUGGAUCCUUCGCCUCUGCACGCCACAGGAGCAGCCAUGGCCUCUCUAGCUCUCAACUGA